AUGACCCUAGCUAGCCUCGGAACCUUUUAUAAACAGCGUAUAGACUAUAAUGAGAUGAAAGUUGCAUUUAAAGCCUGGAUACUACUACAACUACUUGGAGUCUGCCUCGCCAUUUCAGAUUUUCACGUAGGCAGAGAGAUCGCCGCAUACAGCCUUGAUGAUCACAGUGACCAAUUGUCUGAGGUGGAAAAAGCCCUUGAUAGGGGUUCAGAAGGAUUACAAGAAUUCACUCCUAUCCGAAAUACGAUCAAGCAAACAGAGCUUCAACAAUACUCCUUCAGUGUCAACACAAGUACAGGGUUAGGCGCUUACUACGAGUUUUUAAUCUUCAUAACCGGUAACAUAUGUGAUCAACCGGAUGACAUGCUAGCAAGCGGAAACCAAAGUUUGGUAGUUUAUUAUUCAUUUAACGCCUCAAUGUUCGAUAACUACGAGCUUGGGACCAUGGUACACUUUGAAAAUGGGUAUUUUUCAGCAUUAGCGGAUGUUCCUAUUUCCAGCGGCGAGGACUCGAUAUUAUAUAUUGGUGUUCGUGCUCCCGAGUCCACAAAUCUUACUGCAACUUGGUCUUAUGAGAUUGGAGUGUCUCAGAAUGAUCUUGUUUACCAAUGGGACAAUCGAUCGUUUGCGCAGGUGGUGGACACAGACGAUAACCUGGCACUUAUAGUUACUGGUAACUUAUCGUCGAAGGCUGAUCUGAAGAUAAGCGACUUCAAUACAUCGCUAUCAAACUUUCAGCUUUUCAUCUACUCUUACGAAGAUGCGGAUCAUUUCAAAUACUUGAAUAGCUCUUGGUGUGCAGUGAGAAAUGGCCCAGCUCUCCUUAGCACCAACAACUUCAACACUUCCUACACUACUCGUGGUGGUGCUCUUCGACAGCAAUUUUUUGUUGGAGGGUUGAACGCAAGUACUAAGUAUGUGGGAUUUUUGGUUUCAGAUUUCUCGGGGUCGAAGCUAGGCGGUGCAGUGUAUUCUAAAUUCGAGUUUGAAACUAUGAGCUCAUCUGCGUGCAGCUUAAUUUAUGACCUAGAGUUUUGUGAUGAAGUUGCUUAUUCGGUACCGGCUCUGUCAUUAGACCAUCUCGCAGAAAGAAGUUCCUUGGCUGGCAUCUUCGAUGACAGAGCGAAAAAUCUUUAUGCCAAUUUCUCAAAAGCUUUACAACAGAUCGCAUGCAAUACGACGAUGGAUGCAAUUUAUUCACCAAUCAGGACUUGUACGGAUUGUGCAAGGCUGUAUAAGAAUUGGCUAUGCUCAGUGACCAUUCCACGUUGUUCUACGAGAAACAUCACAGGAUAUGUCGAGAGACAACCCAAUGAAUCUAGAAACACUUUCAUCACAGAUGAGAUUGUACCUCCUCAAAACUACUUCGAAGUUCUUCCAUGUGUCAACGUUUGCCAGGCUAUCGUUCGUGACUGUCCCUCAAACUUUGGGUUUCAUUGCCCUAGAAAGAAUGAAUCUAUACGUCUUUCUUAUUUCUGGGACAUAGGAGCAGAAUACGCCACUUGCAACUUUCUUGGUGUCCCUCACGCAGUUAAGAGUGGUGCGUCUCGAGCAUCUACUAUCCUUUGGAUGGUCCCCAUUAUCAUUCACUUCCUAUGGUUUAUUUAA